UUGACGAAUUGACGUACGGUAGUUUGGCCGUUUAGCGGAAAAUUACAUCGCGGAAAACAGAUGAAACUUUUGCUUGAUAAAUAUUCAAGUGCCGUCGCCAAUUAUGAUCGGCCGAAAGUGUUAAGGCGCUCGAAAAUUGACGUUCUCGAAACAAACAAGAGAACACGCACAUGAUUCCAGAUGUGAGCAGUGGUAAUACAACCAAUUUAAAAAGUAUUUGAAAAAAAAAACGAAAAGAAAACAGUGAAAAUAAAUAGCUAAAACGCAAAUAAAAACAAAGGAUUAAUAAAGUAAAUUAGCGUACCAUCGCCCUACAAAUUCACCGUGAAAAAUGUGCGAGCCGCGUAGGCGUAUACGCAACCUCAAUUCUGGCUUACAAUUCCUAGUGCGUGCGCGUCUUAUUGGCGCUCUAAUAGUUUGCAACACUUAAAUACUGCUUGUUACAGAAACAACAACAACAACAAUAAUAGUUAUAACAACAAAAACUUGUGUGUUUGUAUAAACAUUUUCGCUUGGUAACUUAAGGCCCAUUUAGAGCUCACCGUCGCCGUCGGUUGAGCGCAGUGGUCACAGCCGAAAUGACGUCGCAGACGAGCACUUGCAACAGCUUCUUCCAGGAGCAUGCGAACAGCGCGCUGAAUCAAUAUUUUCAGCAACUGAAUUCGAAUGCGUCUGCUGCUAUGAGUAGCAGCAACAACAGUGAUAGCAGCGCCAAUGAAGGCGGCAGCAGCAUAACCAGCUCAUCGAUGGAGGGCAAUCGCAGCAGCGUUAGCAGCAUUGAUUCGUCGAAAUCGGUGAAUAGUAACGGUAAUGGCAGCGCAGCAGCACAAUGGAGCAAUAUGCAGCAACAACAGGCGCAGCAGCAACAGCAGCAGCAGCAGCAACAACACCAACAGCAGCAGCAGCAGCAACAUCAUCAUCAUCAGCAACAACAACAACAACAACAUAUGCAUCAUAACCAGCAACAGCAGAACUCACACCAGCAACAGCAACAGCAACGCCUCUACAAUGAAAACCAGCAACAUUAUCAUCGCCAAUUUGGCAAUGGUGGCGGCAGCGGUGGUGGCAGUGGUGGCUCCAGCAACGGUGGUGUUGGCGCCAGCAGUAACUCCUCCGAUUCCCAAGCGCUGGCACAGGUCACCGGCGGUGGUGGUGGUGGUGGCAACAACGGUUUGGGCAAUUGCAAUUCAAACGCUGCUGCUGCAUCCGUGCAACAUGUUGCUAACGCUGUGGCGGCCGUUGUUAUGGCCAACGAGCAGCAUCAAAGUCAUUUGAACAGUUUGAAGGCGCGCUUCCAGGCACCCGGCAAUGCAGGUAAGCUGAGAGAUAACUAA